UGAUCAGACCGUGCCAAAUCCAACGCCAAUCAAGCUCUUGCCAAUACAAAUCUGAUAAGUGAAUCCCCGAUGAGUUUUAUUGAAAUAUAAGGCUGCCGCAAUAUUGAUCCUCUUCUGCCAAAGUCUGGUCACCCAAAAUGGGCUAAAGUUUAAUAGGAUGCUCUGCUGCCUCAGACUAAUUAGGUGGUGAGCAACGUAGCUCAGCAGCUCGCGUCAUCUGCUACCUUGCAUCACCUCGACUCCCCUCGUGAGCUUGCUUCAGCCGGGGUUGGAAGUUAAUUGUUCGCUACUCAGUCAAUAUACAUUCAUUGAAGCUUUAUCCAUUCUCUGUACUCCAAGUCAUUUCACCAGUUGCAGUAUUCCUCGCCCGGGAAUCCCAUCUCGACAUACCUAGUCAUUGUCUACCUAGCUAUCGCAUCUAUCGGUACACCAGGAGCGUUGCACGAGUCGACCGACCGUCGAAACACAAUCAACCAUCUGCAACAUGCGCACAUCUCGCGCCCAUGACCAUAAAGAACCCCCCUCGAACGCGCGCUCCUCGAGCGCUUACAGUAUGGAAGAGCUCGAGCCGUGGCCCGAAGACGACCACCGCGACGCGUUCAUUGACCAUCCAAAAUCCCAUCAGUCAUCGGCGCCGGACGCAUGGCGGGACAAGGGGCAUUAUUUCGGGUCGCCACCGGAAGGAAAGCGCAGAACUCUCUUCUCAGGACCUCCACCACCGAUCACAUCUACAAUACUGCCACCAAAGACGCAAUCUAGGAGCCCCAAUCCGAGCGAGCCCCCCCGCAACACGGGUCUUGGGAGUUUGAUCUGGGACUACAAUCGACCGCAGGGCGAGGCACCCUCAUACAGGACCGAUUCGACUUGGCGCACGAUCCGGAGACACGAGAAGGCUUUACAAAGCGAGAUUCAGGACCUCCUCGAUGCGCAGGCGAACGGUCUCGUGGCCAGUGGUGAAGACGAGUACAGUGAUGCUGGAGAUAGUACGCCCACUGGCACAUUCUACUCGUCAAACUCUCGACUCGCCAAUACACUCUACAUAUCCCCUCAGGCCACGGCAGAGGGAGACGUGAUCCCCGUUCGCCAGCCGAAGCCAAACACACCACGUGGAUUACGAGCAGCAAGGACGGGACUAAGAAGGUCCAUCUCGGCAUUUGCGAAGCUCAAGGCCGAAGAGAAUCAGCGCGUCGGAGAUGCUCUUGCGGAGCGCAGGAAGGCUCUGAGCCAACUACACAGACUGAGCCUCCGCAAGGGUAGUGUUGAGACCGAAUUGAAGACACUGGAGGAUGAUGAGCAGGAGCCCUUGGGGAAAGAGCUAAGGGAGCUUGGUGAACGCUACGAAUCUAUCACAAGUGAUAUCCGAGAGCUCGAGGAGAAGCUCAUCAGCAUGCGGAACCAGAGACGCUGGCUUAGAGAGAAAAUGGACGACGUUAGAAACCGGAGAGAUGCUGGCCUGAGUGGGUAUCGCGGCGCGUUGAAAGACGUCGACUCAGAGGUCGCGCGCAUCAUGCGCCAUCCCCCUUUCCAACCACUCGAUAGCGAUGCACUUGGCAAAGCGCCCUCGACGGGAGGGCAAGAAUUCAUGCGCAUGAUUCCAGAGCGGCGCACGGUUGAAAUGGCCAAGGGCUGGUGGGAGCAAGAAAUCGCUGCCCUCGAUAAACGGAAAGCACUCGUAGAAAGUGAGCAACGAGCGCUCCAAGAAGGUGGAAUUGUAUGGAACGAUGUCAUGCGCCUGGUGGCCGACUACGAAGCUCGCUUUCGAGCCGUUGUCAAUGGCGAGCAGCCACUCUCGACCAAAGGAAAAGAAAAGCAGGUCUCCCAGGACGAGAUGUUGCGCGCACAACUCCCAGAGAUGGACAAGGUCAUGGAAGAGUUGAAGCGGCACCAUGAGCUCGCUGAAGACAAGAACUGGACAUUGCUAAUCUGCGCUAUCGGCGCGGAGUUGGAAGCUUUGCAGCAGGGCCAGGAUAUGCUCAGAGAACUGUUGGAUGUGCCACCGGUAGACCGCACAUCCUCCCACGACUCAGAUCGCGAUGGCCAAAAGGUACACGGAGACCAGCAGGACAGUGACAACGAGGUACCGGCUGGUCUUAUGCUUUCCAAGGUUGAUAGUCGGACAAGCCAGGCAUCGGCAGGCAGCAUCGACAACAACGACGUUCCGCCGGAUUUGAUGGCAGAGCAUCAACAAGAGCCGAGGGAGAAGCUGGACUAGUCUCCUGUAUCGAUAGAUUUGUAACAUUCGGGGCGUGUUGUUUGGAUAUAAUAGGGAGUCAUGCAUGCUGAGCGGCGCAGUUUUGGUCGGAUAUUCGUAGUAUAAUGUAAAGAGCAACGGGAGAGCACUCAUACAUCUCGGUCUUCGCCAGUAACAGCCCAAACGCCUUGACCCAACGCCAUCCUGACAUCGUUAUCUCAUCGAGUGCGCUCAAAAUACCCCGAGCUCCCUGCAAUGGCCACCGA